AUGUCUACUAACGGUCAGGACAGAGACCCUGAUAUUGAACUCUUUGUCAAGGCUGGCAGUGAUGGAGAGAGCAUCGGCAACUGUCCAUUCUCUCAGCGCCUCUUCAUGAUCUUAUGGCUUAAAGGGGUGGUGUUCAAUGUCACCACGGUUGACCUGAAGCGAAAGCCGGCUGACCUGCAUAACCUUGCUCCGGGGACACACCCUCCCUUCCUGACCUUUAACGGAGAGGUCAAGACGGAUAUCAACAAGAUCGAAGAGUUCCUGGAGGAAAUGCUCUCUCCUCCAAAGUAUCCCAAACUGGCUGCCAAGCAGAGAGAGUCCAACACAGCUGGAAAUGACAUCUUCGCCAAGUUCUCAGCCUACAUCAAGAACACCAAGCCAGACGCCAACGCUGCUCUAGAGAAAGGUUUGACCAAGGCCCUGAAGAAGCUGGAUGACUACCUGAGCAGCCCCUUACCAGAUGAGAUCGAUGCAGACAGCAUGGAGGAGGAGAAGGGCUCAAACCGACGCUUCCUGGAUGGAGAAGAGCUCACGCUGGCAGACUGCAACCUGCUGCCGAAAUUACACAUCGUCAAGGUUGUCGCUAAGAAGUACCGCAACUAUGACAUUCCCUCGGAGAUGACGGGGGUGUGGCGGUAUCUGAAGAAUGCCUACACGCGAGAUGAAUUCACCAACACCUGCGCUGCUGACACUGAGAUCGAGAACGCCUACAAAGAUGUGGCUAGGAGGCUGGCCAAGUAA